UCGUCUUCUUCCCCUUAGUCUUCCUCUGCAGACCAACACUUUCACGGUUACAAAUCUUUUAUUCCUUAUUAAUCUUUUCAGCUUCCUUCUCUCUCCUUACUCACUAUAUAAGAUUGCUAGAUUCACAAAAAAAAAAAUCCUUUCACUAGAACCAACAGAGCUCUUCAUCACCUCCGGGGAAAACGAGUUGUUACCAACGUAUACAGUUUUCUGGAAAAAUAAUUACUCCUUAAUAUUUGGAACGAGUAAGAACAAGCAGUUGAAAGAAUUGAGGGAGAUGGAGGAGUUCGAGCUCCAUCAUUGGUGGAGCUUACGAUUGAGGAUUCGGAGUUUACGGUUGUUGGACGUGUAAAAGAAAGAGAUGAAGCUUUACAGGAUAAGAUUCAUCAUCUGGUUUGUCGGGUUUUCUAACUUUCAAUCUCUGUUUUGAUGAUAAAACAAUCCAAACCGAAUGUGACCAAUGAAGUUUCAUUUUGUUUGCUUUGUUUUUUUUUAAUGAAAGCUGUGGUCUUUUGUAGAGUUUGUUAUUAGCUUUAAAGUUUUGGGUCUCUCUUUUUUUUGGACAACAAGUUUUGGGUCUCUAAUUUCAAAAUUUGCAUUUACACAAUUAAUUGACCUCUAAACGCAAGAGAACCACACCGUUUGUUUUUUUGCCUUUCCUCUUACGCUUUCUACUUUAUGUUUUUCAUGGAACAACUGAAAAUGGGCAAAGUGAGUUCAAGGAGAUGUAAUCUUGACACAAUUUCAAGGUUCGCAUAGCGCAAGAACGACGUUCUAGCAAUCCCUGCUUCAUCUGGUCAUCACUUAGUCUUCUAAUGCUAUGACUCUAAGCUAAUGAUGCCUUUGAUGGUUCAAUGACUGAACUGAAGAAAAAGAAGAAGUUGAAUCAAGCUCAUUGAAUGAAGAAAGUGUCACUGACGCAGAAGAUUUGGAUGAGGGAAUACAUUGCAGAGCAUGCUAAUGAAGAGGAAGAGGUGGAGUAAAAUGUUUGGCAGCAGCAAUGUCACCCCUGUGAGGGAAGUUAAAUAUAUGAUGAGCUUGAUUUUUGAUACCGGGACGUAUAUUUGCAGCUUUUUAGUAGAGUCUUUAACAUUCUCCAUGCAAACAAUCCAAAGCUCGCUGGAGAUGGGUGUUGUACAGUUAUGAGGCCUCCUUAAGUUUUUUUGCGGGGGACAAAAAAAAACAAUGUUUACCAAUCACAAAAUUAUAAUUUCUUCUCUCUUCUUUCAGUUCUAAUGAUUGGUUGUUAUUUGAGUUGUUGUGAUUUGUAGUAACGAUGUUUAAAGGAUGAUAGAAUCUAAGAAGUCAGUUUCGGAGAUUAAUUAUGAAGUUGAGGGUGAGGAUGGUAGUGAAUAUGUUUGUAGUUGAUCUUUUAAAAUUACGUUUCAUUGUGUAUUAUUAAAAUUCAUGAUGAAACCGGUGACUAAGAAGUUGAAAUUUGUAGCAAUAGUACAGAUGGCUGAUCUCUUGGUGUUCUUUAUCUUUUAGUAAAACUGCUAUGGAAAUGAUUAAAAGAGAGUGAUUUUCUUCAUCAUUCUCUUUUUUUUUAUACUUCCACAAAAUAUUUUAUUCUCCACAUGAUUUAGAUUCUUAUUUUAUAAAUUUUCUAUUUUGACAUGUGACAAUUCAAAUAAAAUUCAUUUAUUUAGCCAUGAUAAUUGUGUUCAAACUCAUUCCCAAUUCUAAAUUUACACAUUUCUAACUUAUUGAAUAUAAUAUGUUUACGCAGAUAAAUUAUUAAUAAAAAUUAAAAGCAACAAAUUAGUGUUAAAUAAGCAUAAGGAAUUGCAUUAAUCUUUAAUGAUGCAACUAAAUAAAAUAUAAAAUAUUCAGAUAUUUACUACAUAUAACUAUGAAAUAAAUUUUUAAAUAUAAUGAAUAAAAAUGGAUAUUAAAUAUCAAUAUAAAAAGAAGAGUAAGAAGAAAAUAAAACAUUAAAGAAAAUAAAUGCCAAACUAAAGAGGAAACAAACACAUAAAUUUAUACGCAAAUUUUAUGCUACUUCAAUAUAGACGUGAAUAAGUUUGAACCAAGUAAUAAAUGAUGAAUCCAUUAAUUCUUAAAAAUAAAUUAUCAAUCAUAAUGUUCAAACAUCUUUAAAAUACACAUCAAUAUAUGUAUUUCUUUUUGAACAACACAUCAAUAUAUGUAUAUAAUAAUUAAAAUGAUAUAUGAUUCUUGAUAUAUUAUGCAUAUAAUAGUAAUUUUUUUUACAAAUGAUAAAGAAUGCAUGCUAACAUCGUAUUUACAUAUCAUUCAAAUCACGCAAGCAACAAUAAUAAUUCUAAAUAUACCCAUCAAAAUCUAAAUACAAAACACAAUUAUUUAUAGGCUUCGUCUUCAAGAAUUACACACAAAAAUAUAAAUAGAAAGAUAAAAAAUUACAAAGCAAUGUUUUAAUCAUGAAAUAUAUCCCAUGUAACGUUUUUACAUUUCUUCAUAUGAAAUGCCAAAAGACAAAUUUUAUAUAAUUUCAAAGCAUUUAAGAGUAAAAGUAAUUUUAUUUUGAUUUUUGCUAAUUAAAUUUUCAAACAAUACAGAAAUUAUUAUUCACCUCAACAUUCAGAACAUCAUAUUAUUCGUACUUUACCUUAGAAGGAUCACAUUAAUCCAGUGAGAAGUUAAUGGAAACACAUAUUGUAUUAGAAGACUCAGGUCAAAUUCAAAAAACAACAAUAUAUACGAUCAAAAAACUCAAUCUAUCUACAUAUGUUUUAUUGGUUUAGAAAUUUUCUUAUUUAUUAAUUUAUAUUCAUGAAAAAUAUUUUAUAUACACAAAAUUAUAAAGCAACUAUUUUUUGUUAUAUUAAAAAGCUGACUUAAAAAUAAUAUUUUUAAUGUAUUUUCCGCGCGUAGCGCGGAAAGAGACUCUAGUUAUUACUAAAACCCGCCGGAAACCCUUGGUUAAUCAAAAAAAAAAUUUACUAAUCAAAUGCUGUAUGUUUGCAUGUUAGCAAAAAAAAAAAAAUGCUGUAUGUUUGCAAUUAUUUUUCAUAGUUGUAUAUAUCAAAUUUUGUGUAAGUCAUAAAAAUCAUAAAAUUAUCAUUAUGGACAAUCAUAGUACAUAGAUAGAUUUGGAAGACUCGAAGUCAAUGUAAACCAAAUAUAUCUGUAAGAAACGCACAAUAAGUUUUUAUUACAACAACUAUUAACAUAUGCGUAAAUGAAGUGAGAAAUAAUCGUAGAAAAAUCUAAAUAAUAGCAGUCUCAAAACAGUACUAUUUUCAAAACUCAAAAACUAGAAUAUUUCCACCGCAAUGUAUCUUUAGUAAUCAAGAUUUUGUUUUAAAAGUCCCUAAUAUUUAUUUCUAUUUUUUCACCGAAAAACAACAUAUGCAAAUGAUUAGUAAUACAGUUUUAAUUAUCAUAAUUUGAUGACUUGAUUAUCCAAAAAAACAAAAAAAAAAGAUAUUUCUGUUAGUACUCGAAAAAGCGGAGAGAUUGCAUAACAGAAAAGAUUCUCCUCUCUUGGCUGUCUUUAUUCUUUUUCUCUCAGAGUCCUUUCUCGUCAUUUUCUUUACUCCCCAUAGACCAACAACCAGCACACGCACUCUGACGCUUUGUCUCAUUCGUUUUCGUACAGAAACCCUAAUUUCUCUCACCAUUUCCGUCGUUUCCCUUUCCACAUGGACAACAACAACGGCAUCCAGAGGAGAAGAGCUAUUGGGGAAGACGAUCAGACAAGCAAUCAACGCCGUCGAACUAACCCAGCGGUCAUGGUGACGAACGAGCCUCAAAACGACGGCGUCCAGUCCGAAGAUGACAACAACAAUCGGAGCGGAAGAAGAGUUUGGGAAGACGAUCGGGCAGCGAAUCAAGUGGUGGUGAUGAACGAGCCUCGAAACGACGGCGUACAGACUGGUGACGAUGACGACGCACGCCUCCUUCCUCUUUCACUGAGUCUGCGACCACCAACAUCCUACUCCUCUCAGAUCUCGCCGCCGCCGCUUCGUCUAGCACCACCGUCGCCUGUCAUGCAAACGCCACGUUACUUGAUGACGCGGCCUUAUUUCGCGACACCGCCGUCGUAUCUGCUGUCAUCGUCGCUCAGCUACUCGACACCACCGUACGCUCCGUCGUUUGAUUUCCUCACUCCGGCAAGACCAGUAGCCACCGCGGUUGAGAGUACACGUCGGAGUUACAGAUCGCAGUCAAGCCGUAACCGAAAAGAGGAAACAAUCCCGCCGCCGUAUCCAUGGGCGACGAACAAACGUGGAACGAUACAAAGCCUAGAGAAUCUCGAAUCGAAGCAGAUCACCACCAUCACGGGCGACGUACAAUGCAAGCACUGUGAUAAAGUGUAUCAGAUAAGUUACAAUCUGAGGGAGAAGUUCUCCCAAGUAGAGAACGUCUUCGUGACGCGCAAGAGGCUCAUGAGAGAACGAGCUCCCACGUUUUGGACUAACCCUGACCCGAUGAGAUGCGACCUUUGUGGCCGUGACAAGGCCGUCAAGCCGCUCAUUGCUGAGCGGAAGAGUCAGAUCAAUUGGUUGUUUUUGCUUCUCGGACAGAUGUUGGGUUACUGUACGUUGGAGCAGCUCAAGAAUUUCUGCAAACACUCCAGGAGUCACCGCACCGGAGCUAAGGAUCGUGUGCUUUACUUGACGUAUCUCGGUCUUUGCAAGAUGCUUGACCCUAACCGUGACCUCUUUAACCGUGAAACCUCUAGGUGGUAACUGGUAAGCUUGUUUCUAUCUUUUUCUUCUACUUGGAUUGUUGCUUUUUUAAUUUCGUACAUUUUAUGUUAAUAAUUGGGUGAAAAAUGCAUGGAUUUGAUCCCUUUGUGGUUUCUUCGUUGUGUGUUAUUUGGAUUUUGACUUAAUAUAUCUCAUUUAUAUAUAUGAUUUUAAGGGAUUAUAGUUGUACGAUGUCUACAACUGCAUGGAUUAUGAUUUCUUUCUUCUAAUUAAGUAUCUCAACUUAAAAGCGUUUCUGAUAAAUUUUCAUUUCCAUUCUUGUGAUUUGAACUCAGAAUCUUAUCGGUCUAACGAUUUUAUUUUAAGUAAAUGUUUUUUUUUAACAUUUAAGGAAUAGUCUCUAAAAAGUUAAUCUCUCAGUUCCUAAAAGAUGUAUAUUCUGAAAAAAAAACAAUUGUUUCAAAAAGAUUCAUUUUUUACUUUUUCAGUGUGAUUUUAUGAAAAAUUGUAAGUUUCAAAAAAAAUUAAUGGUGUUAUUGAAUUUUUAUUGGUUAAAAGUUAUGAAAAAUUGUUAUUCACAAAAAACAAUGCAUAUUUAAUGACUUUUUUAAUAUAUGUAAAAAAUCUAAAAUAUGCAUCUUUUAAAAACAGAUGGAGUAAUAUCUUAGAUAGUCUAUACAUUUUUCUCAUCUCACUCGAAAUUAUAUUGGGAAAAUUAUUUUUUUAGAGCAAAAAAAUGGUAACUAUGUCCCUUUAUACUAAUCUAUACUAUUUUAUGUCCCAUUAGACUAAUUUUUUUCAAAAUGACAGUAAUGCCCUUAAAAUUGUAAUUUUUAUUUUUUUUUCGUUUUUUUUUUCUUGUUCCUUUUCGUUUUUUUUAAUUUU